UAGACGCGCAGCAGAAAGCCCACGUUGGCCGCUGCGGGGAGCGCAGCUCAGGGAGGCGGGAGACUGCGAAUUCCGGCGCCGACGUCGCAGCAGCCGCUCCCCGCGCGGGUCUCCGUCCCUCCUGUCCCCUCGGCCAGCGGGGUUUUCUGGGCAACUGGGAGAACACGGAACGGAAAGCAAGAUCCUCGCCGCCUCCGCUUGGGGAGGCGCGCGAUUUUGAGGGGGAGAGACAGUGCCCAGGGCGGAGGGGCGCGGAGUUUGUGAACAAGAAGGAAGUUAAGCCUCGCGGAGAAGACUGGCGUUUCGGGACGCCUUGUCGUCACAGCCUGGGCCCGGCGGCGGGGUAAACUUCACCGUGGCCCUGCGAACCGGAGAGGGGCGUGCUCGGGGGAUGAUGCGGGACAUCGUCCCCAGCUCGUGAGAGGACCCGCUUCCCCGCCGCCCCGGGUCCUGUUCGGCCACAGCUCCGGAGGGCGCGGGGCAGCGCACGUGUGCGGGCGGCGAGGCCCGGCAGUGACCGCGCCGUGACCCGCCCAGGGGCGCGGGCGCCGGUUGCAGUGCAAUACUGACUUGGACACACCUGGCCUGGACUUGCGCCUCUAGAGACCUGCGCGGAGUGCGGGGCUCUAGCGAUCGCUCCUUCCCCUUCCCUCCAGCCUGGGUUACUGGGGGCUCCCCGGACGACCAUGAGAGAUAAGGACUGAAGGCCAGGAAGAGGAAGCGAGUCCGUUGAGAGGUGGCGGGGGCUGUUCUCGCCAAGGGCCACAGCGGCCGCUCUCCGGCCUCGCACAGCCGCUCGACGCCUGCGGGGCCCGCGGAGGCGGCCCGGCGGGGCGGGGAUGCCGGGGCUGGGGCGGAGGGCGCAGUGGCUGUGCUGGUGGUGGGGGCUGCUGUGCAGCUGCUGCGGGCCCCCGCCACUGCGGUCGCCCUUGUCGGCAGCGGCGGCGGCCGCUGCCGGGGAUCAACUGCCAGGGGACGGCGGGAGCCCUGUCCGCGCAGAGCAGCAGCCGCCACCGCCGCAGUCCUCCUCCGGCUUCCUUUACCGGCGGCUCAAGACGCACGAGAAACGUGAGAUGCAGAAGGAGAUCCUGUCGGUGCUGGGGCUGCCACACCGCCCCCGGCCCCUGCACGGCCUUCAGCAGCCACAGCCCCCAGCGCUCCCGCAGCAGCAGACGCCUCGCGGGGAGCCACCUCCAGGACGGCUAAAGUCUGCGCCCCUAUUCAUGCUGGAUCUGUACAACGCCCUUUCUGCAGACGAUGAUGAGGAUGGGGCGUCGGAGGGGCACAGGCGGCAUCCCGGGCCCCACGGAGGGGCCAGCUUGUCCGGGAUCGGACAACCGUCUGCCAGCGCAGCACACACCCUCAACCACAAGAGCCUCUUGGCCCCUGGACCUGGCGGCGGCGGCGCGUCCCCACUGACUAGUGCGCAGGACAGCGCCUUCCUCAACGACGCCGACAUGGUCAUGAGCUUUGUGAACCUGGUGGAGUACGACAAGGAGUUCUCCCCUCGCCAGCGACACCACAAAGAGUUCAAGUUCAACCUAUCCCAGAUUCCUGAGGGUGAGGCUGUGACGGCUGCAGAAUUCCGCAUCUACAAGGACUGUGUUGUGGGCAGUUUUAAAAACCAAACUUUUCUUAUCAGCAUUUACCAAGUCUUACAGGAGCAUCAGCACAGGGACUCUGACCUAUUUUUGUUGGACACCCGUGUUGUGUGGGCCUCAGAAGAAGGCUGGCUGGAAUUUGACAUCACGGCCACCAGCAAUCUGUGGCUGGUGACACCACAGCAUAACAUGGGGCUUCAGCUGAGUGUGGUGACUCGGGAUGGACUCCACAUCAACCCCCGUGCUGCUGGCCUGGUGGGCAGAGAUGGCCCUUACGACAAGCAGCCCUUCAUGGUGGCCUUCUUCAAAGUGAGUGAGGUCCACGUGCGCUCCAUCAGGUCAGCCUCUGGCCGGCGCCGGCAACAGAGUCGAAAUCGCUCCACCUCGUCCCAGGAUGUGUCCCGGGUCUCCAGCGCUUCAGAUUACAACAGCAGUGAAUUAAAAACAGCCUGCAGGAAGCAUGAGCUUUAUGUGAGCUUCCAAGACCUGGGAUGGCAGGACUGGAUCAUCGCCCCCAAGGGCUAUGCCGCCAAUUACUGUGAUGGAGAAUGCUCCUUCCCACUCAACGCACACAUGAACGCCACCAACCACGCCAUCGUUCAGACCCUGGUUCACCUUAUGAAUCCUGAGUAUGUCCCCAAACCCUGCUGUGCACCAACUAAACUAAAUGCCAUCUCAGUUCUUUACUUUGAUGACAACUCCAAUGUCAUCUUGAAAAAAUACAGGAACAUGGUCGUAAGAGCUUGCGGAUGCCAUUAACUCAAAGCCAGCUGCCACGUGCACAGAGCCCAGCUGGGAUCCUGGAUUACGUCUGCCUUAAAAACGCGAAGCAGCGCAGUGGGAGCGGGAAGCCGAGACUGUGACCCCAUCCCACGCUGGUGCCUUACUGCUCUGGGAAGAUUUUAAAAGGACAAUAAUAAUCCGCUCACUUCGUAAGUGCCGUGAGUCGUGGUUGGUCUGUAGGAAGCUGAGUCUGUGUUUGCAGCAUGAGGUCUGACAUCGCAGACACCCAACUGUGGAAAGGUGCCCCCCCUCAAAGAAGAAGACCCACCCAGAUUAGUGUUAGCUUUAGGUGGUGGGUGUCAGUGAGUAAAUAGGAGAAAGAAAACUAUGAAGGAGUAGGAGUACUCUUGGCUCAAGUAUUAUUAUGUGUCAAAGGUAGAUUUCACAGACGUCAUAGAAAUUGAGGGGGGAGGCCUGUCGUCUUAGAUCUCCAUCCCAGGAAGGCCAUUUUCAUAUAGGAUUAGCAGCCAGGAUGGUGACCAGGGCUCCACAGAGGUCUCCGCACACCCGCCCUCUCCCCUGUGCUAUAUUCUCACUAGAACCAAAAGUCCCUGCGUCAGCCUUUGAGGUGAGGCCACAAGUGGAGGCCAGGGGAGGCAUUCUCGGCGGCCUUCGUUUUAACCACAUCACAGCUGAAAGCAGUUCCGCACCUCUUCUUGAUCAGGCUGGCUCUUUGGAAAGCACAUUAACUUCAGGAACGCUGGCUCUCCCAUCCCAUCUCCUUCAUGAACGAGGAUCUUUGCCUCUCACUAUACGAAUACCAUGUUACCGGCCCAGAAGGGGAACCCCAGGAGGAAGGGGCGCCUGACUUUAAGAAUGGGUGUGUGGAGAUGGGCCUGCUGUUGAUGAACAGAAAUCAGUUUCCUCUUGUAGAAAGUAAGACUCAGAUUAAAUCUUAGAAUAUUUUUUAAAUGUCUUUUUCACAAUCAUGUACUGGGAAACCAAUUUCAUACUAAACUGAUUAAAUAAUACAUUUAUAAUCUAUAACUGUUUGCACUUACAGCUUUUUUUGUAAAUAGAAACUAUAAUUUAUUGCCUAUUUUAUAUCCAUUCUGCUGUAACAUUUAAGGAAAGACCAGACUUUAAAAAAAAAAAAAAAAAAAAGUUUAUUUAGAAAGUAUAGUGUAAACAAAUUGUACCACUUUGAUUUUUUUUCUUUUAAUACAAGACUCAUAAUGCAAACCUGAAGCCACUCCUGGUGGCUGGGCUUCUCUAGAAAGUUGUUUUUGUUUUUUGAAGGACAUCUGUGAACCACACCUGAUGAAUAAAGAUUUCCUUUGAGGCA